AUGAAAGUCAGCCAGCUCUACGUCUACCCAAUCAAGUCACUACGGCCGACCACCGUCAAGGAGGGUAUCCUCACCCCUCGCGGCUUUCAAUAUGACCGUCACUUCAUGCUCCUCAAGGUCUUGCCCGCCGAAGACGGCUCCAAUAGCACGACUCUGAAGAACAUGCAUGUCCCGCACUUCCCAGAGAUGGCCCUGUUCCAUACCGACAUCGAGUACCCCCAGACGGGGAAUGACAGCGGAAAAGUGAUUGUCACACACCACCCAGCACCAUCUAAGUCUGAAGACGAACCCCGCAAUACCAAAAGACUGGAGAUCCCCCUCCAACCCAACAUAAAGACCCUCAGUGGUCUUACGGUCACAAUGCAUCAAAGUCCAACAACCGGCUACAACAUGGGCGCCGAAUACAACGACUGGUUCAGCGCGUGUUUCGGAUACCCUGUAGUCCUCGCCUACCUCGGGCCAAACUCACGAGAAGUACUGGGCACACUAGCACCAUCAAAAUCCAACAAAAAGCCCGCUCUGCACAGAAUUCGUGACCUAUUUGCGAAUAAGAACGCAGAUAAGAAGCGGGAUUGGUUCUUACCCGUGCUGGUAAUCGCAUUCACGGUCAACAUACUCAUCCAAGCAGACAGCUUCAUCAGACAGGGAAAGAUGCCCCAGACAGCAAGUAGUCUCCUACCCGCACUCCUCGCGCCCGUUGCGCUAGUGUUGUAUUACAUACUACAAGUGCAGCCCGAAGACCGCAUUACCUUCGCCGACUGUGCGCCCUACCUAGUGAUCUCCGAGACAUCCGUUGACAAUGUCUCGGCACGACUGCCGGACGGGACGGAGAUGGAUCGGACUAAAUUCCGGCCUAACAUUGUUAUUUCCGGGGCUGAGAAUGCCUUUGAAGAGGACUAUUGGAGUGUACUUACUCUAGGUUCUGAAAAGACGCGGCUGUUGUUGACGGGUAAUUGUGUGCGCUGCCAGAGUCUUAAUGUUGAUUAUACUACUGGCAAGAUGGGUACUGAUGAGUCGGGCACUGUUCUGAAGAAGUUGAUGAAGGAUCGUAGGGUGGAUAAAGGGGCGCGAUUUAGUCCUGUCUUUGGGCGCUAUUCGUUUUUGGAGCCCUGGGGGAGUGGGACGAAUCUUAGAGUUGGGGAUGAGGUUGUUGUUGCAGAGCGUGGCAAGGAGAGGACUCUCUUCGAUUGGCCCGGUUUGAUGAAUUGA